AUGGACGCUUCUCUCUACAGGGACCACGUCACCUCACGCGGGGUGAAGUAUCAUUACUGGUCUUCCCCUGCCGAGGGCUCGAAGCCGACGCUGCUGUUCUGCCAUGGAUUCCCGUCUACGUCCAGAGACUGGCGGUUCGUCGUGCCGCUCUUCAAAGAGAAGAGCUUCGGCGUGAUCGUACCAGAUAUGCUGGGCUAUGGUGAUACCGACAAACCGGAAGACCCUGCUGCCUAUUGUGGUAGCCUGCUCAUUCAGGACCUCGUCGAUAUUCUAGACAAGGAGAAUGUGGACAAGGUUAUCGUCGUCGGCCACGACUACUUCCAUCCGGAACGCGCGCUGGCAUACGCCUACUUCUCGGGCUUUUACAUCUCUCCAUCGCCCGGAUUCGACCUGCAGAAGUUUCUUGAGUCCACGAAGGCGGUCGGGGGACGCUAUCUCUUCGGCUAUAUUAAAAUAUUCGGAGCAGAUCCUGAAGCUGAGAGGGUCAUUGAAGCACACAUCGACUCCUUCAUUAGCCAAUGGUUCCCGCGGGACCCGAUAGUGUGGAGAGACUAUAUCUCUCCAAUUGGCGCGCACAGGAGGAACUUACUUGCGGACCAUGUGGUGCCGAUUGCAUCGUAUAUGACGGAGGAGAAUAUCAGGUACUUCAAGGAGACGUUCGCCAAGGGCGGCUGGACCGGUCCACUUAACUGGUACCGGGCAAUGGUGCAUGGACGCUAG